ACUGCAAUGACCGUGCUGCUAACAUUUUUUUUUAAAUAUCUUUUAAGUUUUUAUCGACUUGGAAGCUUAUAAAUAACUGAAGACUUAGGUAGGAGGACCCUGAAAAUUGAGGUUUAAUGGUAGUAGUUACUGUGGCAGAGUUAGAGUGUUUACAUAUGGAAGAGAUGCAUCAGGAAGAAAGAGGAUACGUUUUGACUCCAUGCCAUAUAUCAGUGACGGUCACUUCAUCAUGGAGAGGAUAGUCACCAGCAACCUCCAAAGUAGUCUUGUACCUAGGUUACCAGUCACAAUAUCUCAAACCAUGACACACAGUACUGCCUCUGAAACUGCAGGAGACACUGCCCAAAAUUCCUCAUUAUUGACAUCAGAGUUUUGCGAACUCACUUCAAAACUUGAUAGGGAUAAUUUAAUCAAGGUCGAGCUUGCACAACCUUGUCGAUAUUUAGAGGAAGUGCCCAUCUUUGGCAUUGGUGCAGCCGAUGAAGUACAACAAGGUGGUCUUUCUAAUGAUAAUGUUGAUUUAUCAGAGAGAAUGUCAGUCCUUGAAACUACAGGACUGGACCCCUCGCACAUAGAGACGAGACCUGAAGGCAAUGCAGGGAUUCAAACUAAUGUGGAAAGUGAUGGAGAACCCAAGGAAUCAAAGGUUGAUUUACUGAACUCUGCUCCAUUCUUGGUGAGUGAAGAUGGUGUGGUGUUUCAGUGUUUUCCAAUCUCUGAGAAGGAAGUAAUUAUUGUGAGUUUAAAUGACAAUUCUUUGGCCACGACUGACUCGCUUCCUAGCUGUGUACCUAUUGCAUCAGAGUCAAAUUCUGGAGGAAAUACUUCCCACUUAAGAAUAUGUCCUCCUAACAACAUCUCAGCAGAAAAUAAAAUAGACAUAGGAAAAAAGCUGAAUAUAUCACUGACACAUCCUGUGGAUGGAACCGUUCCUGGAGUGAGCAGUCAAGAUAAUACUGAAUCAUCAGUUGUUCUCUCUUCUGUUGAGCAUGAAGGUAAUUACAACACACCCUCAUGCACCAUGGCAGAAUCAUCUACAUCAAUAAAGAAAUGUGCAUCAAAUCACAUUAAACCUGGAGCUGAGGUAUUCACAAGUUCAGUAUGUUGUGGUGCCGUGAAAGACACUCAGAGUAAUGCCACUAUAAACCAUAAAAGGAAAUUAAAUUGCAUAGUAGAAGAUGCUGAGGAAGGUCCCCGGAAGGAAGCCAAGAUAACUCAUGCAACAGUAUAUGCACCACUCUUACGAAAACCUCGAAGUCUGGCUGCAGAUUCAGAAGAGCAGAUGUCUUCAGAAUGGCUUAAAUGUUCCAUGUGUUCCAAUGUUCUUCCAUCAGCUGCCACACUCAGACAUCAUUUGGUUGUGCAACAUCAGCAGAAAAACAUCACAUCAUUCUUGUGCUUCCUGUGUAAACAUGAGUGUUGGAGUGAGAAUCAACAAGAUUGGCAUCUUCGUGUCCACCAUGGCAUUAAGAAUAAGGCUGUAGCUUGCUUUGUGUGUGGCGCUCGGUUAUCAACACCCGCAGAACGUAAGGCUCACGUGCGUAAACACCCAGCUACCCUUGCAUGCCCAAGCUGCUCUCUUAAGUUCUCAGCACAGCAUCAGCUGGCGGCACAUGCCAAGCAACACCUUGAGAAGCUACAGCCACAUGGCUGUCUAAUCUGUGGUGCCAGAUUUACCCAGCAGGGCGUGCUGCAGGUGCACUUGUGGCGUCACCGGCCUCAGAAGUGUCCUCAAGAAGAGUGUGAACAUGUAGCUGAAGAUGAGAGCUGGCUUGUGAUCCAUCUUCAGAAUGAACAUGCACUAACAAGCAGACAAAUUCAUUGCAUUAUUACUGAUCGAAAUGCAUCUGAUCAUAAAAUGGAUUUAUUAUUAGGUAAAUACUCAUCCUUGCAAGACAACACUUUGGCUAGCCAUAGUUCACAUAGUCUUCAAGAAUAUUUAAGUUUCGAUAACAUGUGGCUCUCAUCUGUUGGAGGUUCCAGUAGCCAGUUAAAUCAUGCCAAGAGUGAGAAAUUGAAGUCAUGUUCAGAUAAGAAUUCUCAGGAUACAGCAGAUCAGGAUCUUAACAUCUUAAAGAAUGUUGUGAAUUGUUUGGUGGAAGCUGUAGCUAAUGUUGAGGAGGAGGAAAAGAAAGGAACAAGAAGAGAGGAGGAUUUACUUUACAAGGUUACAGAAGAAGGACCAACCCUGCAUCGCUGUGGAUUAUGCAACAUAUAUUUGCCUUCGGCAGAGGAACUUGCCUUGCAUAAAGCUGGACACGAUCAGGCAAUCAUAUGUCUGAAAUGUCAGAAAUCCUUCCUGAGUAUGAAACAGCUUAAACGACACAUGACCGUCCAUAAUUCACAAGAUGCAAGUCAGCUUGAAACAGAGAAAGUUCCACGAGAACAUCGAUGUCUGCAGUGUGGGAAAAUAUGUGGAUCAGAAUCAGCUCUCAGUCGGCACCGUGGUACACACAUGCGUUCCCUUGGACGGCACCAGUGUGAGACUUGCAAGCGUCAAGUGCGAACACGUGCCCAUCUCAUAGAGCACAUGGCUCGCGUUCAUAAAAUUAAUCAUGAGUCAAAGAAGCUACAGUGUCCCAUGUGUGAUCGAAGAUUUACUACCAAAACUCACCUUGAGUCGCACCUGAUCAUCCACGGUGAGCGGGAACCUCAGUGGUCAUGCAACAGGUGUGGCCGCAGUUAUGUUCGUCCUAGCAGUCUGCAACGGCACAUGGCUACUCAUGACCAGAAAUAUGUGUGCAGCACUUGUGAUGAAUCCUUUGUGGCUGCUCGUCACUUGGCCAUCCACGCCAGAAAACAUGACCCCACACACAAGACUAGGCUGUCUUGCCCUAAAUGCCCUCAACGAUAUGCCUAUGAAAGUCAGUUUCAAGUGCACAUGCGAAUCCAUACGGGUGAGAAGCCAUAUGUCUGUGAAACAUGUGGUAAAUGCUUCAAGCGUCUACAACAAUGCCGUGCACACCAUCGCUCGAGUCAUGAAAACCACAAAGAAACGUGUGUCCAAUGCUAUAAGACAUUCGGAGACAAGACUAACUUACUACGUCACCGCCUCAUGGUUCAUAAUCACCUUAAACGUUGGGUGUGUGGUGUGUGUGCACAAAGUUAUGCGUAUUCUCAGGACCUCAGAAAACACCUGCAGAAGAAACACAACCUGACGUUUGAAAAACUUGAUCGAACCAACAAGAAAUCUAGGCAUGAGGUUUAUGUUGUGCCUGAGUUGGGAAGUCAGAACUCGAGUGCAGUUGUACAAGGAGCGGUGGAAAUUGUUUGUGCUCUGGAGCAUCGGAAAGUGCAGCAAGUUUUAUGUGGCACAUCUAGCACACUGAAGAAACCCAGAAAACAUGAUGUUGAGAAUGCAGAGGAAGUUGACAACCCUGAUGACCCAUCGUCAUUCCAGGACAAUCCUGUAGCAUUUGCUUCUCUUGUUGUUAAUGAGCCUCCACCAGUACAAGAAACUGCUGUCACUGCUGCAUCUGUAUUGGUUCCCUCUGCUACCAUAGCAAUUCCCACACUAAUUGAGAAUAACCAUAUUCAAGCAGAGGAGAAAAGUGGUUUGAAUGUAGUAGCAACAGCAGCAGCAGCAGGAGAAAGAGAAGUCCAAAGCUUUGUAAGAUUGGCUGGGAUUACUUGUGUUGAAUGUGGGGUUGAAACUUCCACACCAUUACAGUGUGGACCAUGUGGUGCACUGCUCUGCUCACAAGGACACUUAGAUAUUCAUGUUGCAUCAAAUCAUCACGUGAUGUUUCAGUGUUCUGUUUGUGGUUUGCAUUAUGCAAGUCAGGGUGAAUGUGUGGCUCAUGUGACAUCAUCUCAUUCAUCACAUUUGUUGGCUGUUCAAGGAGGUGCAACAACUUACCUUACUCCGCAGUCUUCUCAGUCCAUUCAGAUAGCCAGUGGCAGCACCCUACCACCUCAAAUAUGCUUACCUCUUCCGCAUUCCCAGCCAACUCCACAGUGCCUCAUGCAAGUAGGAGGUCGUUCAUCUCAGGUCCCCCUUGUUAUUGCACCAGCCAGAGCCAACACAGCUAUACAACAAAUAGGAACAAGUAAUGUAAUUCUUCAGUAUCCAAAUGUCACUUCUCUUCCAUCAAGCUUUCAAGGCAUACCUCAUUCAGCAACACUGGAUUCUACCAAGAGUCAAGGAAAUCAGCCAGUCUUCACCAUGACUGGUGUUCUUUCAGGACAACAAGCAACACAACCAAGAAAUCAAAGAAAAGCUAAUCAGAACCUAGAUAAACAGAAGCAAGCAGUGCCAUCAGUGUGUGCUAUCACACUUCCUUCCAGUAAUGAUGGAGGCUUGAUACUUACUGCAGCAGGCGAGACCCCAUCUGUAAACCUCUCCUCUGUACAGAACAUAGCUUCACUCCCUACUGUCUUUCCCCACACCAACAACAGUGGGGAAAAUUCUACUUUUCUCAUGGGAAAUUUGACCAUCAACUCUCAGCCAAAUGAUGGUGCACCUGUGUUACUGAUGGGUUCACUGCCAUUUAAUAAUUUAUCAGUUGGAUCCACCACUGUUUUGUCUCAAAAUAAGCAAUGUAACGUAAGCAGCCAAACAAACACGUCUGUGGCGAGUGUUCUCUUAACACUAGCUGAAGCUUCUGCUAGUGAGGUCCCAUCAUCACUAGCACUGAGGAACUCUCCAAGAGAUGCAGAGGAACGCCUCAAGUACCACCCUGCCAUGACUGUCACAAAAAUGCCACCACAGAAAACAUGUGAAGAAGUACCAAACAUUGUGGAUGGUCCAAAUCUUCUUCAGUCUUUAGUGGGACUUCCUGUUGAGAAUGAGAUUCAUACAUCAGACCCACCUUUACUUCAUACUGCACAGGAAGCUGAAAAUAUAUGUAGUCAAGAACCUCCACAAGAAGUGAGUGUUCAGAUUAUCCAGCCUCGGCGACGAAAGUCUAAAGCCGAGUCAAAAACAAAAUUAUUUUGGGAGAAGGAAGCAUCACGAACACAAAGAGAUGAAGAAAAUAAAAUGUCAAGCAACUCGGCCACAAAUCCUGCUUAUCAGUGCCCAACCUGUGGAAAGGAGUUACAGUCUAAAACCUACUUGGAGAGGCACCAGCGCACUCAUGCUACUCAAAAAUUCAAGUGCCAGGAAUGUGAUAAAGCAUUUACCGAGAAAUAUAAUCUCAAGAUACACAUGCUGACGCACACUCAUGAACGCCCACAUGUGUGCAGCCUGUGCCUCAAGUCUUUCAGGUUUGGUAGCAAAUAUUUCCCCACUUACUUGUUAUUAUAACAUAUGACUAGUAAAAAUAAUUCUUGCAACUUU